AUGGCUUUGUACAUCGCCACCGCGGUGAUAACCGCCGCCGCCGCUAUUUACUGGUACGUUAAUAGGCAUAAACCUAUGAAACACAUACUCAGUGAACUACGUUAUGCUCUAGAUAUGCAAGGAGCAGGUGCUGGCGGAUUAAUCGACGAUUGGGUCAGCGUCUGGCGAAACAAAAUAACAUUGCCAGAUGCAAAUAACAAGAUUGCCGUUAUAACUGGAGGCGCUCGCGGUAUAGGAAGUGAAGUCGUUCGAGGAAUGCUUAAAGCCAACAUGAUCGUAAUAAUGGGCGUGAGAAAUACAGAGUCAGCGAAAAAACUUGCAAAUUCAAUGCAAAACGGAGAUAAGUUACACGCUUUUCAACUGGAUCUACAGUCAUUGAAUUCCGUUAAACAUUUUGCUGAGAAUGUUUUAAAGGAAUUUCCUCAGAUACAUAUACUAGUAAACAAUGCAGGAAUUAUGUUCGGUGACUAUAAAUUAACUGAGGAUGGCUUUGAAAACCAAUUUGCUGUCAACCAUUUAAGUCAUUUUUAUUUGACACAUCUGCUGUUGCCAGCACUUAAACGGGCAGGGACGGUUGAGGAGCCGUCAAGAGUGGUUAAUGUAACAUCAUGUGCACAUUAUCCAGGGAAAAUAUAUUUUGAUGACAUUAAUAUGAAAGAACACUAUGACACAACAGCUGCAUAUGCACAAUCUAAAUUAGCUCAGCUUAUGACUGCCAGAUAUGUGAACAGUUUAUUGGAGGACAAAGAUGUCCCUGUAAAGUGCUAUUCUGUACACCCGGGCAUUGUUGAUACAGACUUGUUUGAACACAGUAACUUUGGAAAGCUUCCGUGGGCCAGACGGCUAUUUUUUAAAACACCAGAAAAAGGUGCUAUAUCAAUACUGUUUACCUGCUUUGACAGACACAUUAUUAAGAAAGGAGGAAUGUAUAUAAGUAACUGUAAAGAAGGAUUUAGUAACCGUUUUUCAAAAAAUGAAACGCACCAGAAAGCGUUAUUUGAUUUAUCUUGUAACUUAUUGGGAAUUGAAGCCAAUAAGUAUGGAAAAUAA